UGAAGAGAGAAGCGAAACUGCCGGAGCGGAAGUGCUGUGAGAAGGGGAAAGAAAGUUUGAAGAGCAAACUACGAUGUAGCUUACUAUACCAGGACGACUACGUCAAGCACUGACAGAGGGGCGAAAAAGUCGAAUUAUACACUGGAAGACGGUUCAUGUUUGGGAGUUUGCUUCGGGACACUGAUUGUCUUUGUUAGUUAAACUCCCCAAUACAAUGGGGCUACCGACUUUGGAGUUUAGCGAUUCUUUCCUGGACAGCCCAGACUUCAGAGAACGUCUGAAAUGUCAUGAAAUUGAGUUGGACCGGACGAACAAAUUCAUCAAAGAGCUUAUUAAAGACGGGAAUAUGCUCAUCACGGCGCUGAAAAAUCUCUCUGCGGCAGUUCAGAAGUUCUCACAGUCACUUCAGGAGUUCCAGUUUGAGUGCAUUGGUGAUGCCGAGACAGACGACGAGAUUAACAUUGCUCAAUCCUUCAAAGAAUUCUCUCAGCUGUUGAAUACAGUAGAAGAAGAGAGAAGACGAUUGAUACAGAAUGCAGAUGAUGUCCUGAUUUCGCCGUUGGAGAAGUUUCGGAAGGAGCAAAUCGGCGCCGCAAAAGAAGGAAAGAAGAAAUUUGACAAGGAAACAGAGAAAUAUUACUCUGUUUUAGAGAAGCACCUGAAUUUAUCAUCUAAAAAGAAAGAAGCUUUCUUACAAGAGGCAGAUGCACAGAUUAAUAAAGACAGGCAGGUAUUUUAUGAUGCCUCCCUUGAAUAUGUCUUCAAAAUACAAGAAGUUCAAGAGAAGAAGAAAUUUGAAUUUGUCGAGCCGUUGCUAGCCUUCCUUCAGGGCCUGUUCACCUUCUACCAUGAGGGCUAUGAGCUGGCCCAGGAGUUUGAGCCCUACAAGCAACAGCUGCAGUUCAAUCUGCAGAAUACAAGGAACAACUUUGAGACCACCAAGCAGGAAGUGGAGAAGCUGAUGAAGAGGAUAAGGUCUGCGGACCAGGACUACAAACCCCCAGGGCAGUGGACCAUGGAGGGCUUUCUGUACGUCCAGGAAAAGCGGCCCCUGGGAUGCACAUGGGUCCGACACUACUGCACGUUCGACAAAGGGAGCAAGACAUUCACCAUGAGCAAUACAGAAAAUAAGUCAGGUGGCAAACAGAACGGGCUGGUCACCAGUCCCCCAGAGAUGUUCAAGCUCAAGUCCUGUGUGCGGAGGAAGACAGACUCCAUUGAUAAGCGCUUCUGUUUUGACAUCGAGGUGGUGGAGAGAAAUCAUGGAAGUCUUUUCAGACCACUUCAGUUUUUCUGUAAAGUCCGGCAUGGCAUCGUCACGCUCCAAGCGCUGUCUGAGUCUAACAGAAGGCUGUGGCUGGAGGCCAUGGAUGGAAAGGAGCCAAUAUAUACCCUCCCAGCGAUUCUGAGCAAGAAAGAUGAAACCUUUCUGAAUGAGGCCGGCUUUAAUUUUGUGAAGAAGUGUAUCGACUUGGUGGAGAUGAGAGGAAUUGACACCAUGGGACUGUACAGGAUAGGAGGGGUUAAUUCUAAAGUGCAGAAGCUGAUGACUUCCAUGUUUGCCAAAGCUUCCUCUGACAUGGACCUGGACCCAGAAGUCUGGGACAACAAGACCAUCACUAGUGGCCUGAAGAAUUACCUCAGAUGUCUCUCGGAACCACUCAUGACGUACAAGCUCCACAAAGACUUCAUCAUGGCUGUCAAGUCAGAUGAUCAGAACUACAGGGUCUGCUCUGUCCACUCCUUGGUCCACAAGCUGCCAGACAAGAACAGAGAAAUGCUGGAGAUUCUGAUCAAACACCUGGUCACGGUGUCCACUCAUAGCCAGACCAACAUGAUGACUGUGUCCAACCUGGGGGUGAUCUUCGGCCCCACGCUGAUGCGCUCGCAGGAGGAGACGGUGGCAGCCAUGAUGAACAUCAAAUUCCAGAACAUCGUGGUGGAAAUUCUGAUCGAGAACUUUGAGAAGAUUUUCCAGCAGGCCCCUGAUCCCAAUGUGCCCGUGCCCCAGCCCCAGUCUCGCUCCAGCUCCCGCAGAAGUAGGGCCAUCUGUUUGUCCACGGGUUCACGGAAGCCCAGAAGUCUCUACACCCCAACGUUGUGCCUUGCUGAUGCAGACAGUGACACUUUCAGCAGCAGUCCAGUCAGCACUCCCACAGGUAGCAUCGAGUCCCUGUCCUCGCAUUCCUCCGAGCAGAACAGCUCCUCCAAGACAGGCUCCCCAUCACAAACCCAAGGUCAGUCCACCGACAGCAUGCGGUGGACACCCUCGCAGGCCUCCUCCAACGGGCUGAAGAGCCCCACCUGCACCACCAGCCCAGACUCCAGCUCCAAGGAGGACGCGGCCAGGACAGACGGGGAGUCCGAGGACACGCGGAGCCUGUCCUCCGUCAGCGUGCCCAGCAAGCCCUCGCCCAGGCCCACAAAAUCACUGCGCGCCCUGACGGAGCAGGAACCUGCAGCGAUGAAGUGCUCAGUCUCCCCAUCCCUCAGAUCACUGCACAUCUCUGAAGGCCAACAGAGCUGCAGUAGUUCUGUCCAAAGUCUGGUAUCGCAGGUCCAGCGGGACUGUCCAAAGCCUUCUGCACACCCAGAUCUCCCACCUAAACGGACUCCCCGCCGCAAGACAGACGCCUCAGCCAGCAACGGUUAUCAGAGGCCUGGCUCAGUGGUUGCUGCAAGAGCCAUGCUCUUUGAAAACCCUGCAGCUUUGCAGCCAGCUUCUGUUGGAAGAGAUGCUAAGGCAAUGUACUCCUGCAAGGCAGAACACAGCCAUGAACUCAGUUUCCCCCAGGGAGCUCUCUUCUCAAAUGUAUAUCCUUCAGUGGAACCUGGCUGGCUCCAAGCAACAUAUGAAGGCAAAACCGGUCUAAUCCCUGAAAAUUAUGUGGUAUUUCUCUAACAGACUCUGGGGAAACAGCAGUAUUUUUCAUGGUAUCCAUGGUAACGAUACCCUUUACAGUGGGUCUGAGAAAGUCAGCUUCCUCUCGGCACAGCUGUGACAGCUGAUAUGCUGCAGAAACUCAACAUCAGAGUACAUUUAUUAGCUCCCUGCAAGGAGAAAUGCUAAGACUUGUAUAUUAAGAAGUGUUGAGAAGUACCAUGCAGUACUUGAUAAGUAGAGAUUUUGAUUUCAUGUGAAACAAUCACAUACUUUUUUUUUUUUUUGCUGACACUGGUGUUACUGUUUCAUCAAGUUCUAAUGUGAUCACCAAAGGAAAGCAUUACAUUUUUGUCAUUACAUUAUUGUCAUCUAGCAGAUGCUCUUAUCCAGAUU